AUGAGUGAAAAGGAAAAGGAGAUUUUUGAAAGCGGGGAAACUGAAAAGAAGCCUUAUGGUACAAUAAUUGAUGACUUCAGAUUGAGAACUUUCAAUAGACCGAAAGAUGAUAUUGAAUAUUCUAUUGGAAAAAUGAUUAAUUUUAUGUACACAAUUUUGACAAGGUAUAGGAGAAAAUGUUCGAAAAGAUCGUUCAGAUCAACACUUCUACACAAAAAGGUAAACGAGCUCAAGAAAAAGACGCUUUCAAUUAGAGAUAGAAGAUGCUCUUUUAGAGCAAAAAUAAAGAUUUUAAUUGAAGAAACUAAAGUCUAA